AUGGCCCAUAUGUCCUUGUCAUUCAGGGAUGUGGCCAUAGACCUCUCCCAGGAAGAGUGGGAGUGCCUGGACCCUGUUCAGAGGGCCUUGUACAGGGAUGUGAUGUUGGAGAACUACAGCAACCUGGUCUCCUUGGGAUGUUCCACUCCUAAGCCAGACAUGAUUACUUUAUUGGAGCAAGAGAAAGAGCCCUGGAUGAUAAUGAGAGAAGGAACAGGAAGUUGGUUCACAGAUUUGGAAUCUAAGUAUUUCACCAAGAAGUUAUUUCCAGAAAAGGAUAUUUGUGGAAUAUAUUUGUUUCAGUUGCAGACAGUGGACGAAAGUCAAGCUUCUAUCCAUGAAGACACCAUUUUCAGAAAUGAUUUGCAGCGUAAACAUGAGUUUGAGAGACAAGAAGGACAUCAGAUGAGAUGUGCUAGUCAAAUGAUAAUCCAAAAACGUACCUUUAGGCUUCAUUAUCACCUUACUGAACAUCAGAGAAUACAUUCUGGUGUGAAACCCUAUGAGUGCAAAGAAUGUGGGAAGACCUUUAGUCGUGUUCGAGACCUUAGACUUACUGAACAUCAAAGAAUUCAUACUGGUGAGAGGCCUUAUGAAUGUAAAAUUUGUGGAAAGACCUUUAGGGUACAACGACGUAUUAGUCAACAUCAGAAAAUUCAUACUGGUGUAAAGCCUUAUAAAUGUAAUGACUGUGGGAAGGCCUUCAGUCAUGGCUCAUACCUUGUUCAACAUCAGAAAAUUCAUACUGGUGACAAACCCUAUGAAUGUAAAGAUUGUGAUAAGUCCUUUAGUUUCCAUGCAGAACUUACUCGACAUCAUAGAAUUCAUACUGGUGAGAAACCCUACGAAUGUAAAGAAUGUGGAAAAACCUUUCGUCUCCAAACAGAACUGACUCGGCAUUGUAGAAUUCAUACUGGAGAGAAGCCCUAUGAAUGUAAGGACUGUGGGAAGGCCUUUAUUUGUGGCUAUCAGCUAACUUUACAUCUGAGGGUUCAUACUGGUGAGAUUCCCUAUGAAUGUAAGGAAUGUGAGAAAACCUUCAGUAGUCGCUAUCAUCUUACUCAACAUUACAGAAUUCAUACUGGUGAGAAACCCUAUGGAUGUAAAGAAUGUGGGAAGGCCUUUCGCCUUCAAGCAGAACUUACCAGACAUCACAGAAUUCAUACUUGUGAAAAACCCUAUGAAUGCAAGGAAUGUGGGAAGGCCUUUAUUCGUAGCAGUCAACUUAUUUCACACCAUCGAAUUCACACCAAUGACAACACCUAUGAGUGCAAAGAAUGUGGAAAGAUUUUCAGUCGUCGCUACAAUCUUACUCAACAUUAUAAAAUUCAUACCGGUGAAAAACCCUAUGUAUGUAAAGAAUGUGGAAAGGCCUUUCGCUUUCAAACAGAACUCACUCAGCAUCACAGAAUUCAUAGUGGUGAAAAGCCCUAUAAAUGUCAGGAAUGUGGGAAAGCCUUUAUCCGUAGCAAUCAUCUUAUUCAACAUCAGAGAAUUCAUACUGGUGAGAAACCUUAUGAAUGUAAUGAAUGUGGGAAGACCUUUAGUCGGCACUAUCAUCUUACUCAACAUCACAGAAUCCACACUGGGGAGAAACCCUACAUAUGUGACAAAUGUGGGAAUGCUUUUAUUUCAGAACUUACUCGACAUCACACAAUUCAUACCGGUGAAAAACCCUAUAAAUGUAAAGAAUGUGGGAAAGCCUUUAGUGUUAAAUCAGAACUUACACGACAUCACAGAAUUCAUACUGGUGAGAAACCCUAUAAAUGUAAAGAAUGUGGGAAGGCUUUUAUUCGUAGUGAUCAACUCACUUUACAUCAGAGAAAUCACAUUAGUGAGGAAUCGCUAUGCAUAAUGUAA